AUGCCCGCAGUGAUGCACGUUACCCAGCAUGCACAGCCCGGACCCCGUGAACGGCUCGUGCCAUACUAUCUCUUGGCUGUCAUGGUCAUUGCCUGCGGCGGUAUUCCAAAAGGCUACGACGAAGGUGGUUACAGUUCCUCGGUCUCGCUUGAGUCCUUCAAAGAAGAUUUCAACCUCGUCAAAAGCCAUUGGAAAGGCAAUGCCACGGGGCUGGCCAAUCGAACGGCCAACAUAACUUCAUUUGGAGUCCUGGGAGCUGCAAGCGGCUGUGUGAUUGCCCUACUGUUGGAUUCUUUCCAUUGGGGCCGUCUGGCAUCCUGGAGAGCCUACGCUGCUGUGUGGGCCAGCGGCUUGUUCAUACAGAUUUUCUCCUCGGGCAUCUAUGGACUGCUGUUGUUUGGUCGUAUCUGGGGUGGCUUGGGUGCCGGAGCACUUACCGUGGUGACACCGAUAUACCUUAGCGAAGUGACGCCUGCACGCUCUCGCGGAUGGAUCGUCAGCCUUUACAUGGUGUUCUUACUGUCCUUCCUCAGCCUCGGCUUCUUCAUAUCAUACGCCGCCAGCAAAAGCAUGCCUGCCACAAGGGAACAGUAUCGUCUUGUCCAAUCCAUACCGUUGAUUCCUAUGGGUGUGGCCUUUAUUUGCUCCUUCUGGCUCUACGAGACUCCACGUUGGCUCGUUACCAGAAACCGUACACCAGAAGCUCGGGAAGUUCUCGCCCGGCUUACUGGACUCUCCAUCGACGAUCCUGCGCUCGUGGCCAAUUUCGAUUCCCUUCAUCAACAAAUCCUGGCGAAUGAGAUAGAUCGCCAGGAGCGGUCGACGAAGGAUUUGUUCAGAGAAAUAUUGUCACGGAGGUAUCGUGGCCGCUUCUUGCUCGCCCUAGCAAUGCAAGCUUUCGGCCAAUGGUCCGGUGGCAACGGAAUCACGUAUUAUAUACCCACGAUCUUCCAGUAUGCUGGCAUCACGGGUGAUUCGGUUGCACUUGUUGCCUCUGGAGCCUAUGGGAUCGUUAAGCUCUUGGCGUCCACCCUCACGGCAUUCUUCCUUGUCGACCGCAUGGGACGAAGGCCGUUGUUCAUUGCCGGCCUUGCUCUGCAAACGGUGACACAUGUAUACAUGGCCGUGUACAUGGGGGAACAACCGGGAAGCGGACAAAACCAUGCCGCCUCAAAUGCUGCCAUUGCUUCGGUUUUUAUAUACGCGUUUGGGUGGUCCAUCGGACUCUGCAUCCUCCAGUCCAUCUACGCCACGGAAAUAUUCCCUACGCGGCUCCGAGGGAUCUGCUACGCCAUCACUAUGGCCUUGCACUGGUUCUUUCAAUUUGCUGUGGUCCGCGUCACCCCCAAUAUGCUCGUCAGCUUGCAUGUGUGGGGAGCUUAUGUCUUCUGGGCGGCUGUUUGUGGAACUGGCCUAGUGGUACUUGGUCUCUGGGCGCCCGAGACGAAGAGAGUACCAUUGGAAAGCAUGGAUGAAUUGUUUCAGGGACCGUGGUACAAGACCUGGAAGGCAAAGGCCACGCGUGAAGCUGCGGAUGGUUCAUUAGAGAUCGAGAAUGUGCACGAGAUCACCGAGAAAGUCAAGCAAGGUGCUCAAAUGCAGCAUGUUGAAGGAAGUGAUGUGGAUCUGGAAAAGAGAUGA